UGCUGUUCGGUUGGCCUGUCAAAAGUAUUGUUUGAAGACUGGGUAUCGCGUAACAAAGGUGAAGAAUGAUCGUGAAAGGUUCACAAUGAAAUGCAGUAAAGUCCCAUGCACUUGGAUGAUCCAUGCAGUUGCUAUUGAUUCUACUUGCGAUGUUUUUAGGAUAAAAAAGUAUGUUGGGAGGCACACUUGUGGAGCUGGUGUGAAGUUGAGAAGUCCUAAAGUAUCGAAGAAGCUGGUACACAACCUUAUUCAUGAUCGUGUGAUGCACAACCCACUUAUCAAGCCUCGCGAAAUUGAAGAUUAUAUAAAAGUUGGUGCUGGUGUUAAUAUCAAAUAUCACCAUGCAUAUCAUGGUUUGGAACGGUCACACCAUGAAAUUUUUGGGAAUGAUGUAAAGUCUUACUCUGAUCUGGUUUGGUGGGUGAAUUCAUUGAAAGAAACAAAUCCUGGCUCUUAUGUGGAUUUUCAGUUUAACCAUGCAACUCAGACAUUUGAAAGGUUAUUCAUUGCAAUAGGCGCUUGUAUUGAAGGUUAUAGACUUUGUCGACCAAUGAUUUUUGUUGAUGCAACUUUUCUGACCGGGAGAUUUAGAGGUACCCUUAUGGCUGCUACUUGUCUGAAUGGGAAUCAAGGUUUUUAUCCGCUAGCCUUUGCAUUGGUCCCAGGAGAGGAUGUUGACAAUUGGGAUUGGUUUAUGUGCAAUCUUAGCAACAUUGUUGAUGACCGUCCUAUCACCUUUAUGUCUGAUCGUCAUGAAGGAUUGUUGAGGGCUAUUCCUAAACACUUUCCUACUUCCCAUCAUGGCUAUUGUUACUACCACUUGCAAGGAAACUUACCAAUCAGGAAAUCGGACGAGAAGUACAAAGAAGUUAUGGCUUGUUUCAAAAAAGCAACUUAUGCUCUCACACCAGCAAGAUAUGAAGAAGCACUAAUGGAAAUGGAGUUAAUGGGAAGGCCUGGGGUUGCUGAGUAUUGCCGCAAUAUGCCUAGGGAACAUUGGUCCAGCGCGUUCUUCACUGGCUGUAGAUUUGGUCAGACUACAUCAAGCGUUGCUGAGUCCUUCAAUAAUUGGAUUCGGAAAGACAAGAGGUUGCCUGCCUGCGCCCUCGUUGACAUGAUCAGGUUACGCGUUAUGGAGUUGAUGAAUGAACGUCGCGAAAUGAGUCUUUUGAUGGACCCAGAGAAGCUCACUCCUACCUACGAGGCGUUACUUAAAGAACAUAUUCAAAUUGGUCGAGUUUGGAAUGUUACUCAGUCAUCUGCGUAUGAGUAUGAGAUUCAUUCACCUAGGUCUCACACUGUUGAUCUGCUAACAAGACUUGCACCUGCCAAAGAUGGCGUGUUUAUGGUUUUCCAUGCUCUCAUGCUACACAGCUAUUUCUGCCAAGGGUGA